AGUGUAGAGUGUGCGUUUGUCAGGGCGAGUGUGUGCGUGUCGUGUGUUAGGGGGAGUGCAGAGACAAGACAGGAAUACAGCACUAACCACAAUCUCCCUCACUCUCUUUUGCGCUGCCUCUCUCUUCAUCCCUUACACACACGUUCUCUCCCUCUCCAUCUCUCUCACAAACAAUGCACACACUCCCUCUUCUCGGUGUUCUCUCCCUCUCACUGCCUUUCUGAAUUCAGUGGGAUUUGACUCUGUCACUAUGAUGUUUGCUGUUGCGAGAAGCUCUCUGCAGUGAGCAAGCUGAGGUUAUGCUACCCAAAAGUCCUCCGUUGAGUAAGAAAGAGAGUGAAAAGGGCUAAGGACUGCGUCGCAACAUACUGCCCUGACCUUGUGAUCCACACGAAGCCAUGAGCAACCCUAAGGAUGCCAGCGACACCAACGCUAUGGCCACAGCCACCUCAGCUCCACCGGCCCUUUCUAGGCGGAGUGAAGAUGAUGAUGAAGAGCAGGACCUGAACAAGACCCUGGGGGUGCAGCUCUUCCAGCAGAUCCUCCACCCACCGGCCCGUGGACCCCCAGAGAAACACCGUGCUUACAACGAGGAAGACUUUGAGUACCACCGCCACUCCUCCCACCACAUCCACCACCCGUUGUCCAAACUACCUCCAGAAAGGAGGAAGAAGAAGAGCAAGAAGAAGGAAGCGGGAUGGAGGAGAGGAUCCGGGCCUGGCGGAGCACCCAACAUAGAGGAGGACGAGGAAGAAGAGGCAGAUGAGUCCUACAGCCAGAACGAUGGAGAGGGGGGGCAGACCACCACACCCACACCUGAUACAGACACGGACACACACAACGAGGAUGUGCAGUUCUUCGUGUCUGAGGAUGACCCUGCCAGUGUCACUCCUGCCCCCAUGCACAGCAAGGCUGGCAGUGCCACCCUUCCCAGACGCCUCACCAUCGUACCUGAGACUGCCCUGGGUACCAACCUGCCAGAGGAUGCCACACCCACGGAUGAGCCAGUGGACUCAGUGUUGGCCCCCAACAAAGGGAGGAAUGGCCUAUCCUCCAGCCCCUCCCGGGAGUCCCACAACCCUUCCACACGGGGCUCCACGCCUCCCUCCUCCUCCGUCUCCUCUUCCUCCUCCAGAAUACCGCCCCCUGGCAGCCGCAGCUACGACCUGCAGGAGCGCCGGCGUUUGGGCAACAUGACGGGCGGGCAGCAGGAGCGCCACCAGCGCCAGGCCACCGACGACAGCGAGGCCCAGAUGCUGGGGUCCGCCGACCUGGAUGGCAUCAAGAGUCACAGGUUCGAGGAUGUGCCUGCGGUGCACCGUCACCUGGUCAGGAAGAGCAACAAGGGUCAGGUGGUGCACAUCAGCAAGGACCACAAGGAGCCUAGUGCCCCCUGCAGCAAGUUGGACCGUACCCCACAUGAGCCAGUACUUGAGUAUCGGUCCACCUCGCGUUCGGACAGAAUGGUUCGCUUGGAGUUCGUGGGUCGUAUGGCACGGCACCAGAAGGUAUUUGUGGAGCUGAAUGAGUUGGUGAUGGAUAAGAACCAGGAGUUGCAGUGGCGGGAGACGGCCCGCUGGAUCAAAUUUGAGGAGGACGUGGAGGAGGAGACGGACCGCUGGGGCAAACCCCACGUUGCCUCGCUCUCCUUCCGUAGUCUUCUGGAGCUCCGCAAGACCAUCUCCCACGGUGCGGUGCUGUUGGACCUGAACCAGCACACCUUGCCUGGCAUUGCCCAUCAGGUGGUGGAGCAGAUGAUCAUCUCUGACCAGAUCAAAGUGGAGGACCGGGCCAAUGUCCUCAGAGCCCUACUACUCAAACACAGUCACCCGAGCGACGAGAAAGAACACAGCUCUUUCACGCACAACAUCUCUGCCGCCAGCCUGGCCUCCCUGAUGGUGAACCACCACAGCAGCAGCAACCACAUAGGCCAAGCCGAGCCCUCUGUCACUGACACCGUCAUGGGUGGAGGAGAGGCCGCCUGCAUCCUUCCAGACACCCGCAUUGACAUGGAGAAGAGCGAGAAAGACAAUCCUCCCAAAUUGGGUAUGCACAGGUCCAAGUCCAAACAUGAGCUCAAGUUGCUGGAGAAGAUUCCGGAAAAUGCAGAGGCCACAGUCGUCCUCGUAGGCACCGUGGCCUUCCUGGAGCAGCCAUCCAUGGCAUUUGUGCGUCUGCAGGAAGCUGUGCUGCUGGAGUCUGUGCUGGAGGUGCCCGUCCCUGUACGUUUCCUCUUCCUUCUAAUGGGCCCGCCCAUCGCCAACAUCGACUACCACCAGAUCGGCCGCUCCAUCUCCACACUUAUGUCUGACAAGCACUUCCACGAGGCGGCGUACCUGGCGGACGAGCGGCAGGACCUGCUGAACGCCAUCAACAGCUUUUUGGACUGUAGCAUUGUGCUGCCGCCGUCUGAGGUGGGCGGCGAGGAGCUGCUUCGCUCAGUGGCCAGGUUCCAGAGAGAGAUGCUCCACAAGAGAGAGGAGCAGCAGGGCAAGAAGCUCAAAGUCAAAGAACCCAAGAGCCCAAAGGAUAAAGCUCUGCAGGCGUCCUUCAAACCUGGGGAUGACCCUCUGCGCCGGUCGGGCCACCUGUUUGGGGGGCUGAUCAGUGACGCCGCACGGCGCUACCCCAAAUAUGCCAGUGACUUCCGCGAUGCACUCAACCCCCAGUGCAUGGCUGCCAUCAUCUUCAUCUACUUCGCUGCUCUGUCGCCCGCUGUCACCUUUGGAGGACUGCUGGGUGAGAAAACGGGGGGGUUGAUUGGCGUGUCGGAGCUGAUCAUCGCCACGGCGAUGCAGGGGGUCAUCUUUUCCCUCCUGGGGGCACAGCCUCUGCUGGUGGUGGGCUUCUCUGGACCCCUCCUGGUUUUUGAGGAGGCCUUCUACUCAUUCUGCAAUGCCAACCACAUAGAGUACCUGACGGGCCGGGUGUGGAUUGGCUUCUGGCUGGUGCUCAUCGUGGUCAUCAUAGUGGCCUUUGAGGGCAGCUUCAUGGUCCGCUUCGUCUCGCGCUUUACCCAGGAGAUCUUCUCCUUCCUCAUCUCCCUCAUCUUCAUCUACGAGACCUUCUCGAAACUGGGCAAGAUCUUUCAAGAGCAUCCUCUCCAACGCUGUUACCUGGUCAACGACACAUGGACAUCAUCAUCAUGCAACAACACUGUGGUUGGCGUGCCUGGCAAGGUGGUGGGGGAGCCCAACACAGCCCUCCUGACGUUGGUGCUAAUGUCUGGAACGUUCUUCAUUGCGUUCUACCUGCGCAAGUUCAAGAACAGUGCCUUUUUCCCAGGCAAGCUCCGUAGGAUGAUUGGAGACUUCGGGGUUCCCAUCGCGAUUCUCAUCAUGGUGUUGGUGGACUACAGCAUAAAAGACACCUACACCCAGAAGCUAAGCGUGCCCACAGGCUUCUCGGUGACCAGUCCUGAAAAGCGGCGAUGGCUGAUCCCCCCGCUGGGCUCAGACGGACAGUUCCCUGUCUGGAUGAUGGCCACCAGCAUCUUACCUGCCCUACUCGUCUUUAUCCUUAUCUUCAUGGAGACACAGAUCACCACGCUGAUAGUCAGUAAGAAGGAACGGAUGCUGUUGAAGGGCUCCGGCUUCCACCUGGAUCUGUUCAUCAUCGUGGCCAUAGGUGGGGUUUCGGCCCUGUUCGGUCUGCCCUGGUUGGCCGCCGCCACCGUGCGUUCUGUUACUCACGCAAACGCCCUUACCGUCAUGAGCAAGGCGGUGGCCCCCGGCGACAAGCCCCGUAUCCAUGAAGUGAAAGAGCAGAGGGUGACGGGCUUCCUCGUAGCUCUGUUUGUCGGUUUGUCCAUUGUGAUCGGAGAUCUCCUGCGUCAGAUCCCCAUCGCUGUGCUCUUUGGGAUCUUCCUCUACAUGGGCGUCAUGUCCCUCAACGGUAUCCAGCUCACCGAGCGCAUGCUGCUGCUUUUGAUGCCUCCCAAGUAUCAUCCUGACCACACUUAUGUCCGGAAGGUGAGGACCCUGCGCAUGCAUCUGUUCACGGGGAUCCAGCUGGUGUGUCUGGCGGCGCUGUGGACAGUCAUGUCCACCGUGGCUUCGCUGGCCUUCCCCUUCGUCCUCAUCCUCACCGUGCCCAUCAAAUGGUUCCUAUUGCCCCGCAUCUUCACCACUCGCGAGAUGCAGUGUUUGGAUGCAGAUGACGCAGAACCUAAGUUUGAUGAGAGGGAGGGCCAGGAUGAGUACACAGAGAUGGUGCCAACGUGAUGGACAUUCUGCCAACCAAUAUACACCUUAGCCCUACAGUAUACUCCAGGAAGUUGCUCCAAACCCACCAAAUCCUUUGUUUGUUCACCUGAUAUUUUAUAACGCACCACUGAUGGUUUGAAAUGUUUUACUCAAUUUAUAUUUAAUUGUCUUGAAAGUUUUUUAGGAUCCCAACUCCCAAAUAAUGUUUUUUGUCUAUUUUCACUACAUUGCUUUUUGGAAGGUGGAUUUGUCCUUCGAAAUAAUUUGAGUUACAAUGUCAAUUCCUGUUUUUAGGUAUCUUUGGGGUGUGUUUUAAUGUCAGGUGGGAGUUUGAAUUGCUAUGUGUCAAAGACUAGAACCCAAUUCCAAGUCUCCACCUUCUGCUCAAAGUGCUUUUAGCAGAAACUACAUCCUCUGAGGUCAUGACCUAAGAAGAAGCACUUUAUUACGAUAGGAUCAGUACAGAUGUAGUAUACAUCUUAUCACAUUGUACUGAUAAAUAUAUACAACAUAGUCAUAGACAAACAUUUACCAUUCAGUCUAGUUCCCACGAUUAGGCGUAUCAUUGCAGUAGUCUUUUGAAUGUUACAUAUUUAUUAUUACUAUGGUACAUUUUUCAUUCAAGAGUGGGUAAAAUGUACACUACAUGGUUCUCAAUUGACAUGAUUUUACAUGGCCCUCCAGUAUGGCAAAUUCAUUUAAUUAAUUUUGUAGCUUCACUGAGAAGCACUUACUAUAAUGCACACUCACAGAAGUAAAAGCAACAAAAACUUGAUAAAUCUAAUGGUCCCCCAUCAAAAGGGCAACUAGGCCACGUUCAGUUAAUUGUUGUUUUCAAUGAGGAUGGUUUCUGUGCCCAUUCCAAUUGCCUUUAGUCCAAUACAAUAUGUUUAACUUGUACUGUACCUCAAAUUGCUUAAAUACAAGAGUAGAAAAGCUUUGCAUUGUAGAGCAAUCAACCAA